UUGGCGAAGUAAUUUAGUCAGCUCGUUAAUCAAAACGUUUAGCCAGCUAGUUAAUUAAAGCGAUUAUCUAGGAACCUUUAAACUCCUUAACAAACCAGGUUCUCGUGAGGUUCGCUACUCUGUGAGGAGGACUGGUCGAAGCUGAGAUGAACCAAUUUGAACAUCUGAAAGAUGACGACCCAGAGGAUCAGGAUGAGGCCGUCUGUAACCGGGAGGAAGACGGCUCCAUCAACAACAACCGACGCAAGACGGUGAGUCCUGCAGUAGGGGAACAUCCUCUCCAGUAUAACUAUACCUUGUGGUAUUCUCGGAGGACUCCGUCCCGGCCCGCCAACACACAGAGUUAUGAACAGAACAUCAGACAGAUCGGCACGGUCGCAUCGGUGGAGCAGUUCUGGAAGUUCUACAGUCACCUGGUGCGACCGGGAGAUCUGACUGGCCACUCUGACUUCCACCUGUUUAAAGAGGGAAUCAAACCCAUGUGGGAGGAUGAAGCUAAUAAGAACGGUGGGAAGUGGAUCAUCAGGCUGCGGAAAGGUCUGGCCAGCAGGUUCUGGGAGAACAUUAUUCUGGCCAUGUUGGGAGAACAGUUCAUGGUGGGAGAGGAGAUCUGUGGGGUGGUGGUCUCUAUACGAUUCCAGGAGGACAUCUUGUCUAUAUGGAAUAAGACGGCCAGCGAUCAGGUGACGACAUCUAGAAUCCGAGACACUCUUCGACGCGUCCUGAACCUCCCUCCCAACACCAUUAUGGAGUACAAGACACACAACGACAGCCUCAAGGAUAAUUCCAGCUUCCGCAACACAAAGAUCACCCUGUGAAGAGGCAAACCACCUGACCGUUUCUCCACUCUCUCUCGGCAUCUCUCUUUCUCUCUCGGCAUCUCUCUUUCUCUCUCGGCAUCUCUCUUUCUCUCUCGGCAUCUCUCUCUUUCUCUCUCGGCGUCUCUCUUUCUCUCUCGGCGUCUCUCUCUUUCUCUCUCUGCGUCUCUCUUUCUCUCUCGGCAUCUCUCUCGGCUUCUCUCUCUGGCAUCUCUCUCUGGCUCUUUCUCUCCAGGGUUCACAAGGUGAUUGAGGUGCUUAAAAUACUUGAAUUAGCACUCUGAAAUGGAACACCUUGAAAAUCUGACGUUUUCUCAAGUUGGUACUUGAAAAGUACUUGAAUUAAAAUUAAAGGAGAACAGAAAAUGAUCAAAUAUGUUUAUGAAAAAAGUAUUGGUCUUGCAUUCUACCCAGUUUUAUUUCCUCACGUGCUCUGGUUGCCAGGCGAGAUCGCUCAUUCCACCCACUCAGCCAGGCAGGGCCAAAACAGACUGAUUAGGUUCCGCCAAACAUCACAUCGAUAGCUAAAAGGCCAGGCAUGUAGAUUUAACCUGUUGUGGGUAUGGAACAUUUCUGGGAUCUUUUAUUUCAGCUCAUGAAACAUUCACAUGGGUGAUUCGACCCUGAAGAGCGACAUGAAGCGGCAAAGACAACUCUGCAUCGCCGGCGCCAUUUCUACGUUGUGACUUUUUCUCUGCAAUGACCUCCAGAGCAUUUCUACCAAUCGCGUCAUUCACCGGGGUCCUGCGACAUUCAAUUUUAUCAAGCGGCAGCCAGGCUCCUGGCGUUCUGUUGGCUGUUCACCCGAGCAGCGACACUAAAGCUGCCAGUUGGAAGCGAGAUGCUUUUUCGUAGAUAUUAAGAUUCCCAAAUGUGCAAUAAAAAUACAAUAGUCAUUAAUACUCAAAUGACAUCAUCAGUACUGACAAUUCAUGUAUAUAAUAAAGCAACGGAUUCAGUAUAACUUGUAAGGUAGUGUAUAACUUUAGUGAUGAAUAAUAUAGUCAUUUUUUUCCAUAAAGGUUGUGGCGAUAUACUGUUAUCUGGUGGCAACUAGAAACAAUUGCAUAAUCUCAUUUUAUUGGUCACAUACAUAUGGUUAAUAUUACAAACUGAUGGUCCUUGAAAAUAAAUAUUCGUGCUUGAGAAAGUACUUAAGUCCUUGAAUUUGACUUGCCACUGUCUGUAUGAAUCCUGUCUCUCUCUUUUGCUACCUGUCUCUCGCUGCAUUUCUCGCUGCAUUUCUCUCUCGCUGCAUUUCUCUCUCGCUGCAUUUCUCUCUCUCUCUCGCUGCAUUUCUCUCUCUCGCUGCAUUUCUCUCUCUCCCUGCAUUUCUCUCUCUCCCUGCAUUUCUCUCUCGCUGCAUUUCUCUCUCUCUCGCUGCAUUUCUCUCUCUCGCUGCAUUUCUCUCUCUCGCUGCAUUUCUCUCUCUCGCUGCAUUUCUCUCUCGUUGCAUUUCUCUCUCUCUCUCUCGCUGCAUUUCUCUCUCUCUCGCUGCAUUUCUCUCUCUCGCUGCAUUUCUCUCACUGCAUUUCUCUCUCGCUGCAUUUCUCUCUUGCUGCAUUUCUCUCUUGCUGCAUUUCUCUCGCUGCAUUUCUCUCUCGCUGUCUCUCUUGCAUUUCUGAGAGUGUUUCACUGUGGAGAUGGACUAGUGCGUUGCUAUGGAAACUAGUGUGAUACUAUGGAGACAUGAGCGUCCUCUUUUUGCAACUUGUCCCUGAGGUGCCACAACAGGCCAGUGGGACCAACUCUCUGUGUGUGUGUGAUGGUGUUAAUGUUCCCUAACCCUACAGAAAUAAAUGUGUUUUUAGUAUCC